AUGAUCCCUACUCCUGUGCAACCCUUUUCCGGUUUCAACCAGCAAUUUUCCUGUCCGGAUACUGCACUCCUUGUACGCGGACUGGAUCGUGUCCACGGCCGAGUACAAAUCUUCACCCGUUCCCUUUCGGAUGCAGUCAGUACCCUGGGGUCUGUAAAUUCUACCUCUUCCGUAACACAAUGGGAUACAGAUCCGAUCGGGCCGUCAUCACUCUCAGCCCCGAACGGAUCAUCUACAACGUCCAAUGCAGUCGCGUUUGGUGAUCGAACUGUUGUGGUCUGUCAGAACUGCCUGACCACAGCGCUCCAAUUAGCCAAUCGUGUCUCAGAAGCCCGAACCCAGUGGUAUUUAGAUGGUCUGUGUCUGAGAGCGAUGGACUCCAUAACAGAUUUGCGACAAAAAUUAGUCAGUAUAAAUGCGGCUGCGCGAGCUCGAUCUGGUUUCCGAGAGCAGUUUAGUCUGGUUCAGUUACGCGAGAAGUUGGUUGUUGGUUACCUGAAGUUUCUUUUAACAUUUUUUGACGACUUGACUAAGACUGCCGCUGGUCGAGUUCCCGGUCCAAUUCUGCUCCUACUUGCAAAACUUUGUCUUACCUGGACAAGCACGGGAACCAUCGGUCAGUUCUUGACUAUUUGUGAGGAUCUACUAUCAAGUGGUAAGUCAGUAUCUUAUCUUGUUUCUUUCGGAAGUCACGUUUGUUUCAUUUUAUCCCGUUUUUUAUUUAUUCGCACAUGA